AUGAGCAAACAGACUCGCACAGACUCAGCAAGGAAUGCCAAUCUCACAAAGGCACUCCUCAAGAAGAAAAUCAAUGACAAGAACAAAGAGAAUGUUAAUGAUUCCGCACCAAUUUGGACACCUAAUAUGUCUGAUGCGUCAAAUGUGCCAUUUCACGCGUUGAACGUGUCAGACAUGCCUGCCACAUCCAUCAGGGCUUUUUGUGACCUGCGGGAAGUGUUGGCCAACCAAUCUGAGCAGCAGUCUCUCCACUUAGACAUGCCAGUGGUUGAGCAAUAUUUGCUGUUGGCUCAAGAAGAGGAGAUGUCCAACUUAGAGGACUUGGAGACUGAAGAGAAAGAGGGUUUUGAUGCCUUGGAUGAUGUGGGAGAAGAGAUACAAGGCUCCAUGCAAGAUAACGAGCUGCGAGAAGGCCAUAGACGUGUUUCACCCACCAUUCUUGCUUGUCAAUCAGCCCUAUUGGAUCUCAUUGAAAUCAUGUUGAUCAAUGGAACCCUCGAAUGUGAACCGAAGCCUCUCAUGUCACAGCACAAGCUCACCAAAAAGCUGCCCAUACAGCCUGACUCCUUUCACCAUGGCAACCUCUCAAUGAACCUUUACGGAAGUUGGAAUGUGUCCCUGCUUGACAAAGGGGACCUUACUGAAGCUAUUCAUAUGCACCUGCAAAGCAUCAGAAAAUAUGUCAGAGCACAGGACAUUGUUCAUUACCUUGCACAACCUGUUGUACAGCAGAAACAUGGCCUGAAGAAGACAAUUUCCCUCGCAACUGCUCAACAAUGGAUGUACAUGAUGGAUUUCCGCUGGACAAAGUCUCCAUCAGGUCAAUAUGUUGAUGGUCACGAACAUGAUGAUGUCAUUGCAUACUGUCAAACAAAAUUCCUGCCAUCAAUUGCAGAACUCUUCAUACACAUGUGUAUGUGGAAGGAUGGUCUUGAAGAAGCUAGCGACGAGCCUCACCCACACACCCAGCAUGUUGUCUUGUGGUUCCAUGAUAAGUCAAUGUUCUAUGUCAAUGACCGUCGCAAAGUUUACUGGGUGCAUGGAAAUGAAACUGCAAAGCCUGGUCCCAAAGGGGAAGGGGCCUCACUGAUGGUCGCAGACUUUGUUUCAGCUGAUUAUGGGUGGCUAUGCUCAAGUUGUGGUGAAGAAUCUGCCAGAAUAUUUUUCCAUGCGGGAAAAUCCCGGGACAGCUACUUCACCAAUGCAUCACUCCUCCGACAUGCUGAAUUGGCCAUGGACAUCCUUACUCAACACUACCUGCAUGACCACCAUGUCCUUAUCUUCAACAAUGCAAGUACCUACUUGAAAUAG